AUGGCAGAACAAGACGAAAUCGAGCGUUUGGCUCGUCGUUUGGCUCAGCUUGAGAAAAAGUCCAAUGCAGAGAUUAACGAUUUGAAAGAAAACCUCAAAAAAGCACAAGAAAAAUCCAAUGCAGAUAUUGUCGAUCUAACAGCAAACCUGAAACAAGCACAGCAAGCCUUGGAGGAACAUGUUACGCAAUCGCAGGAAGAGCGAACAUCCUUGAUUGAUUCAAACAGUAACCGUUCGCAAGCCACUCGUGGUGAUAUGUGGCAUGUCAUUGGAAACAAGGAAAUCGACGAAGCGCCUUCGAAUGCUUUCAAGCAGCCGCAAUUCAGACUAUCUAAUGACCUCUGUUCAGUAAUUUGUGCAACCUCAUGGAAACGCCUUCCCUUUUGGCUAUCAGUUUUGAUCAUUGCGGGGUUUCAACUAACAUUGUUUGUGUUGCUGCUUAUUGACCGCGUUGGUUCGAAACGUUGGGUAGACUUUGGUGGAGAAUGCGACGGAAGCGACUUAUUUUGUCGACAUGAACGCCCGCUUGACAUGCCCCCAAAUGUGGAGCCCUUGGUACGAGGAGCACAGGCUUUAUGCCUCAUCAUUGCGCUGUACGAUCAAGAUGACAUUCGCGAUGGACUUGAAGGAUUUUAUGCUGGCAUUCCAGUGGACUACAAGGGGAGCACCCAUUUUCGAAACAUGACUCGGUCUCGGUGGAACUUGAGCUGUUUCUUCCGAAUGCUGCAGGGCAUUCUGGGUGUAUUAUGCGCAUUUGUAUUGCUCGUACAAGCCGAUACAGUGUUUGACGUGCUUCUCAAUUUCCUCGGUGUCAAAUUUAUUGCAGGUGAGUUGUCGUCAUCGUUGUUGAGGCUAGAUUACUUCGAUCAUAUUUCCUAUCGAAGAUAG